AUGGCUUGGCAGUCACCCUCCGCGAACACCGGAUCACACGAUGGAAAUAAUGGCGGGCAAGGCAACAGCGCGGGACCCAACGGCGGAGGUGGUGGUGGGUCACAGCCUAUAGGCACGGAGUACACGCUUCAAGGUGUCAUGAGGUUCCUACAGACGGAAUGGCACAAACACGAGCGGGACCGCAAUUCCUGGGAGAUUGAGCGCGCGGAGAUGAAGGCGCGGAUCGCGAAGCUGGAGGGCGAGAAUAGAGCUGCAAAGAGGCUGCAGCAGGGCCUCAUGACGAGGAUAAAGAUGCUGGAGAGUGCGCUAAAGAAGAAGGGCCCUGCUGCUGCAACUGCUGCUGCUGCGGAGGGUGCGGAGGGGGCCAAGACGGUACCGACUGAGAACUCGGCACACUCGAAGUCACCGCAAUCGGGACUUCAGGCAAACGCACACCUUCUCGGAGACACGUCGGCAGUAUUCAGAGCUGAAGCUGCCAGAAACAAAAGCAGGGCAUAUCUGGAAAAGUGCCUACAGGAGAUUACAUAUCUUCUGACACCCCCGAACCACCCACCCCCGCAACAGCAGCAGCAACAGCAGCAACAACAACAGCAGCAGCAGUCCAAUCUUGACCUUAAUCAGAUGCUCCAGCAGCAUCAGCAACAACAACAGCAGCAGCAACAGCAGCAACAGCAGCAACAGCAGCACCAACAGCAGCAGCAGCAUCAGCAACAGCAGACAUCGCUUCAACAGCAGCUGCUGCAGCAGCCUUCCCAAGCCCCUAACCACCAGUUACCUCAACCUCCUGUUAACCAUGCUGGAAACUUUCAGUCAUUGCCCCGGUCCCGUGCCGGCUCACACCCCCAUCCUCACCCCCAGGCCCAUGAAAUGAGGAGUGACCAGCAACAACAGCAGACCCAGAUGCAGUCUGCUAUACCGGAACCGAUGGUACGAGACCAAUCGGGAGAGAAGCCCAACGCAUUCAAUGCGGGCGCUGAUACCAACCCAUUUACCGCAUCUCUUAACGAGAGCUCUACUUCAUCUGGCCCAAGUGAUGGCGACGGGUGGGAUUUCGAUGAGUCAAGUCUUACCGUUGACUUGGAUGCUUCGAAUGUAGACGAAUUCGAUUUCUCAAGCCAUCACACAGGGAAGCCCACAAACAGCAUGGGCAGAAAGAAGCUUUCUAUAAGACACCGCGUUGAUCCCCAUGCGACUAACAACUCGGAUGCAGGGAGCUUUCAGCCCAAAUUCGUACUGAGAGGCCACUUAGAUGUGGUCCGUGCUAUUAUAUUUACAGGAGGGGGCACGCAGAAUGAGCCAGAGAUCUGUACAGCGGGUGAUGAUGGUGUACUGAAAAGAUGGUACAUUCCCGGCAGCUAUGGCUUAUCACAGGGAGCGUCGGAUAUGGAUAUUCAGAGUCACUUUACCCACCGGGGGCACCAAGGAAUGGUUACUUGCUUAGCCACAUGUCCUCCAGCUGUCGGGGAGCUUGAAAGCGGCCUGAAUGAGGGGGGAUGGAUAUUCUCCGGGGGUCAGGACACUACAGUAAGAGUAUGGGAAUCCAACAUGGUGGGCCCCAAGGCUACUCUUGUUGGCCACACAGACGUUGUAUGGGCGGUUUGCAUACUCCCAGUUUCAUCAUCCAUGGCAGGAUCUACGGAGGAGAGAAUACUACUUGCGAGUGGAUCUGGAGACGGGACAGUGAAGAUCUGGAGCGUAUCACCACCUCCGGCGCCACAAGGCAUGGGUCCGGGGAAUCGUAGAGGUAGUGUCAGAAGCAUUUCUUCUGCGGCCUCUCCCCAUCCAUUCAGCUACUCUCUUAUCUCGACUAUUGUCAGACCGGAUAUUACAGCAAGCCCAACGUGCAUCACACCGUUCUCCGCCUCUGGAGACUCCUUUAUCGUCUCUUAUAACGACGCGGCAGUCAUUAUAUAUGACACUGCAUCGGGUGAAGAGAUCUCGCAAAUGUCUAGCCACGAGACAUAUGAUGGCACCCCCGCCACUGGUGUCAACUGGGUAGUCGCAUCAACCAUCAGUCUUGACAGUGGCGCCGAGAGUGGACGAGAAGAAGAGGAACUCGUUGCGGGAGCGACAGGACCUAAGGGCGGCGUGGCCGGUAUCGUUAUCACAGGACAUGAGGACCGUUACGUGAGAAUUUUCGAUGCGAACAGUGGUCAAUGCACAUACACAAUGCUCGCCCACACCGCGUCAAUCUCAUCGCUUGCACUCUCGCCAGACGGCCGUGAACUCGUCUCUGCGGGCCACGACGCAAGUCUGCGCUUCUGGAGCAUGGAGAAGAGGUCGUGCACACAGGAGAUCCCAUCGCACAGACUGAUGCGGGAGGAGGGCGUAUGUGCCGUUGUGUGGAGCGCGGACGGAAGAUGGGUUGUGAGCGGUGGUGGAGACGGCAUAGUCAAGGUAUUUGCUAGGUAG